GCGGCCUGUUCCACUAACCUCUUUCGGCGGGGCUCGAGGUCCUGACACAAUAGCCUUUGCUUAAAUUGCUUUCAUUUCCACCGGCUUCCUCUUCCUCCCCCUCUUCGCGUCUUCGCGCACUUCUGCUUCGCCCUUCCGCCAAUCCGCCCACAAUGGAGUCCAUGUACAGCAACUCUGGCAGCUCCCGUAACGAGGACUCAGACGGCGAGCACCAGUACACUCCGCGCACCCCGCGUCGCACGCCCAUGGCAUGCACGUUCUGCCGCGGCCGCAAGCUCAAGUGCGACGGCCGAUCCAUCUGCGCGAACUGCAACCGCCGCGGCCUCCCGUGCACGUACGUGCCUGUUGCCGCGCAGGGCCAGAAGUAGCGUUCCUGCCCACACACUGGAGGCGGCCGCACUGUGGCGUGCCGCAGCGUGGGCUCUGCGAUGCCUCCGACGCCUCCGCGGACCGACGCGCGUCCACAAGUCGCCCGGACUCCGCCACACCCUGCGCGUCCCCGACGCCACCGAGCGCCCCGCGCCGAAACACUGCUCUAGCAGCAGCGCGACCAGCCUAUCCGUUCAUCCGUUCAACCGUUCACCCGGCUCCACGCCCGGUUCCUGCACACUCGCUCUCCGGUCCAUUUCUUCUCCGUCUCUCUCUCUCUCUGUCCAGUCCCUCUCCGUGUCUCGGCCGCACCCGCUUUCGUGGCUGUAGCUAUGCCGACUGUCCUGUAGCUGUAGUUUUCUCGGCGCUGUCCCCGUCUCCUUGCUUCCUCUCCGGCUUGCGCCGGCCGUACCUAGAUCCGCUCUGAUAUUGCUCUUACUUAUUGCUUUUGCUUGCGCUCCCCCACCUACCUAUCUACCCACCUACCUACUUAC